CCAACGGCCAUCUCUCUUCCAGCCUCCCAGCUCUCCUCACGAAAUGCACACCAUCCAGCAACAAUACUGGGCCGUUCGAGAGUACCUCAGUCCCGUCCUGAAGGAGAGCAAGUUCAAGGAGCACGGGCGCAUCACACCAGAGGAGUUCGUCGCGGCCGGCGACUUCCUCGCGUACAAGUUCCCCGUAUGGACAUGGGAGAAGGGCGAUCCGGCGAAGGCGCGCGACUACCUGCCCGCCGAUAAGCAGUACCUGCUCACGCGGGGCGUGCCGUGCCUGCGCCGUGCGACCGCGCUCGCGUACACGGACGCGGACGAGGACGCGGAGCGGCUGCUCUCGUUCGGGGACCUCUCCGCGACGGGGAACGAGGCGGACGAGUGGGUCGAGACGCACACGGGCCGGCCGACGACGACGGACUCCGUCGCGCACGCGGGCACGAUCGACGACAUCCCGGACGUGGACGACGCGGACGCGGACGGCGCGGCGGGCGCGAUGGGCGGGCUGUCGCUGGGCGACAAGAGCGCGGCGGAGAUCCCGGACAUGGACGAGAUUCCGGACAUGGAGGAGGACGACCUCGAGGCGGACGACGACGAGGCGACGGCUGCGGCGCCCAAGACGUCUGCGGCGCCGGCGGGCGGCGUGAUUACUGCGGACGAGGUGGAAGCGGCGAAGGGGAACUUGCUGCAAGUGCGCACGUAUGAUGUUAUGAUCACGUACGACAAGUACUACCAGACGCCCCGUAUCUGGCUCAUUGGCUACGACGAGAACGGCACCCCGCUCACGCCUCCGCAAAUAUUCCAAGACGUAUCCGCAGACCACGCGUUCAAGACAGUCACGAUCGAGGCGUUCCCGCACUCGGGCUCGCUGCAGGCCGCGUCCGUGCACCCAUGCAAGCACGCGAGCGUGAUGAAGAAGGUCAUCGAGCGCAUGAACCAGGGCGUGAUCGAGGAGCAGCGCGCCGCACGCGGAGGCGGCGGCGCGUCGAGCCCGAAGGAUGGCAAGCAGAAGAAGUGGCUCUUCCGGCGCGCGAGCGGGAACGGCAAGGACGCGCAGGCGGGCGACGAGGACAUCGAGGGCAUGCGCGUCGACUUUUACCUCGUCGUGUUCCUCAAGUUCAUCGCGUCGAUCGUGCCCACGAUCGAGGUCGACUCGACGACCGCGUUCUGAGCGCGCACGCACGUACCAGCACCAGGAAGGGUGCACACGAUACCGACGGCGGAGGCCCGGCCGCGCGCGGGACUAGAAACAAUGGAAGAUGAUACCUGGGACCGUAUGCAUAUCUUGUUUGUCAGAGGUUCUGUACUGCUAUGUAAAUCACGCAAUGUAUAACGUUCACGACGCA